UGCAAACUUGGGUUCUGUAUAACUUUUUAUUUAGCCAGGAAGAGUGAUCUCUACUUGCAGUACUUGGUACUGGCAUGAAACACGUGGCUUCAGUUUCUUUAUUUGGGUCGUUUGUUUCACUGUGUUCUGCAGAUUCUAUGUGAAACUUUACUUUGAGUAAAGAUUACAGGGCUGUAGUGACGGUAAUUGUCAUGUUGCAUAAGGCUCACCUUUCCAUCUCUUCUGAAGAUUCUGGCUUUUGCUGUCAUCCCGUGAUACCCCUUUGAAGUUGAGUGGAGAAGAUCUUAAUGUAACUGGCUGAAAAAUGGUUCCUCAAGAUGACAGCACCAGCUCUAACACUGUUAAAAUGGAGACUAUCUUCACUUUGACAUGAUGUGUGAAGUUUGUUAGCGUUUUUUGUUUGUUUUUUUACAGUUAUUGUGGAAGGUUACAAAUGGUGUGGGUUUUUAUCAUGAAUCGAAUGAGCUCCCAGAGCAGUUCAUCCACUCAGCGCAGGCGAAUGGCUCUAGGAAUUGUUAUUCUUCUCCUCGUUGAUGUGAUAUGGGUUGCCUCUUCAGAACUCACUUCUUAUGUUUUCACAAAGUACAACAAACCUUUUUUCAGUACAUUUGCAAAAACGUCCAUGUUUGUUCUAUACCUCUUGGGAUUUAUUGUUUGGAAACCAUGGAGGCAACAGUGUACCCGUGGGUUUCGUGGAAGGCAUGCAGCUUUUUUUGCAGAUGCUGAAGGUUAUUUUGCUGCUUGUGCAACAGAUAACAGUGUAAACAGUUCUCUGAGUGAACCUUUAUAUGUUCCUGUAAAGUUUCAUGAUUUGCCAGCUGACAAAAAUGGCAGUAAUAAUAGUGAUGCAGAGAAAACUCCCAAAAAGCCUCGUGUAAGGUUCAGUAAUAUUAUGGAGAUUCGACAACUCCCAUCGAGCCAUGCAUUGGAAGCAAAGUUGUCUCGCAUGUCAUAUCCAACAGUUAAGGAGCAAGAAUCAAUAUUAAAAACUGUAGGAAAACUCACUGCAACUCAAGUAGCAAAAAUUAGCUUUUUCUUUUGCUUUGUGUGGUUCUUAGCAAAUUUCUCUUAUCAAGAAGCUCUGUCAGAUACUCAAGUUGCCAUAGUUAACAUCUUGUCUUCAACCUCUGGCCUUUUUACUUUAAUCCUAGCUGCAGUCUUUCCUAGUAACAGUGGAGAUAGGUUUACCCUGUCCAAAUUACUAGCUGUGAUUUUAAGCAUUGGUGGUGUGGUACUUGUUAACCUUUCUGGAUCUGAGAAAUCUGCUGGAAAAGAUACAAUAGGUUCCCUUUGGUCUCUUGUAGGAGCAAUGCUGUAUGCAGUGUACAUAGUAAUGAUAAAAAGGAAAGUAGAUAGAGAAGAUAAACUUGACAUACCAAUGUUCUUUGGUUUUGUAGGGCUGUUUAAUCUGUUGCUGCUGUGGCCAGGGUUUUUCCUGCUUCACUAUACGGGGUUUGAAGCAUUUGAGUUUCCCAAUAAACUGAUAUGGAUGUGCAUUGUUAUUAAUGGCCUUAUCGGAACAGUUCUGUCAGAGUUCCUCUGGCUGUGGGGCUGCUUUCUUACCUCAUCACUGAUAGGCACACUUGCGCUAAGCCUUACAAUACCUCUGUCCAUAAUAGCUGACAUGUGCAUGCAAAAGGUGCAGUUUUCCUGGUUAUUUUUUGCAGGGGCAGUUCCUGUAUUUUUUUCUUUUUUCAUUGCAACUCUAUUAUGUCACUAUAACAACUGGGAUCCAGUGAUGGUGGGAAUCAGAAGAAUUUUUGCCUUUAUUUGUAGAAAACAUCGAAUUCAGAGAAUGCCAGAAGAAAGUGAGCAGUGUGAAAGUCUCAUUCCUAUGCAUAGUGUUUCACAAGAUGGAGAGAGUUGCUGUUCAUAGACAAAAGUUUCAAAAUGGAAUAAUGCCCAGCGAAGAGACAAUCUUCUGGAAGAGUCCCUAAGGAAUCAUGUUUCAGUGCCUAUUCUGAAUUUGUAGUAAAACUAAGAAGUUUCAGUUCUUUUGAAACUAAACUUUUCCUCUUUCUUGCUUUCAUCUGGUUUUAUAAAUGAACAAAUUUACUACAUGCCUAUCACCAUAGGGAGUCUUAGUCCAUCUGAGCAACCAACCUGCCUUAUAACACUGAGCUGGUGAAGUUACUUGACAAAAAUCAAGAAAACAAAUGCUGUUAAGUGAUUUCGUUCUUUUUUUAACUCACAAUUUUGUUAAAUGCUGGACAAUAUUAUUUUUAAAAAAUACUUUCAAAUGAGUUAUGUAAAUAAGUUUGCAGGUCAUCAAGUCUUACAGGCUUUCAGAUGAAAAGCUAAAUAGGUAUGUUACCUGUAAUAGGUACAAAUUAACUUUUUAAUGUUGUAUAAACUAUUUGCAUAUUAAUAGAAGAAAAUAGAAUGAUAAUUUAUUAAGUGCAUUCUUGUAAUUAUUGAGGCAGGAUCUUUGUAUGGUCCUAGAACACUACAUAUAUAUUGUCUUGCCAUUUUGAGAAGACUUGUAAUGGCAAGGGGUGCCAGUGUUUAAAAAUCUUCUGUUACCUAACAAUCUGGAAUGUUUAAAAUUUUAGUAAACGGUAAAAUAUUUCUAAUUACAGUACAUUUGUGUGUACAUGCUCAAAAUCAGUGUUUUAAACCAGACUGAUUCUGUAACCCAUUCUUAUUCCCACUUAUCUCACAUGGAAAGCUAAAUUUUAAAAUCUUCACAUGCAUAGCUGCCAAGUUAUGAAAGAGAUCAAAUUAAUUGUGAGAGUUCUCAGUCAAUGGGUUGGCAGUAUAGUAGUCUGCUAAACAAUCUGAAAGGUAAGGGUGUUUGCAUUUAAUUUUUUUUCCCAGUUGCAUUAAUAAAUUUAUUCUAAAAUUGAACAUUUUCCAUAUAACCUGUAUCUUCCUUCCACUGCAGAGCUUCUGUCCUAUAUGUUUCUGAAAAAUGAUGAAUAGCUGUAUUCAGGAAUAUUUUAAAUUAGUCAGUGCCAUUUUCCAACUUCUGGCCUGUAAGACACUUGUAUUAAAGUUAAUUUUAACUUUUAAUGGAUUUUAUUUUUUUAUAAUGAAUGUAGGAUGGAUUUUCAGCCAACAGUAUUGUCUUCCACAUAACAAGAUUAUUAUUAAUAAUAAUAAUUAUCCUUGCACACACAGAGAAGAAUGCAUGCCACAAAUGCCUUUUCAUGUUUUGACACUUGGUAGUGAUCCUUCCAAAAGAAAUUUUGGUGUUUUGGUGAUAAAACUACUAGAUAAGAGGGAAUGCAGGAAAGCAAUGUGCUUAGCUAUACAUUUAGAAGGAUUAGCCAGCAGCUAGGAUUUAGUGUAAAAAACUGUAAUUAGAGAAGAAAAAAAUAAAAAAAAGAACCUGGGGCUCUUGUGGUCAAAUAUUGCACCUUUAUCAAAAUUUUCCUUCCAGUUUUUAAUACUGGAUUACACUACAAGUUUCAGUAAUCUGAAGUGUCUGUUUAAGAUGAGAUAGAAAGUUCUUCUUUGGACACCUGAAAGAGGAAUUUAAAACAAAACAAACAACAAAACAACAAACCAAAAACAAACAAAAAGUUUAUUAAAUUUAUGUCGGAAUUUUGAGAAACUUCACAUUCCAAUUCCUAAACCCCACAAGUAGAGGGGUUGAAAAAUGGAGUAUAUAGAACUAAUUUUACAUUUGACUUUGUAGAAUUUUUGGGGAUUUUUUGGGAAGUGGAGUUUUCAUAGUUGUUGGGUGGUGUUGUUUUGUUUAGUUUUUUAAGUUUUCCCCCUCCCCCUGGCCCUUCUAAAUUAUGACAAAUUAGAGGAUGUUAGCUUCAACCUUUUUUCCUAGAAGUAAUAUUAAGGCUUGCUGGCAAUAAAAAGCUAAUGUCUGUUUUCAAUUAAUGAAAUGUUUCAAUAAGAUCAUACCAAAUAUAUAAUGCCAGGCAUUAACUACAAAUUUGAAUCAGUUGGGACUUGUGGUAUCAGUAGACUAAGCCUGGGAAAACUUGAGUAUGUUUUCAGAUGGGCAAUUACAGUAUUAUUAGUGAAAUAUCAUAAUACUGUUUUUUCAAAUUGGUCAUACUGAUAGAAUUAGAGCAGUAAUGUAUAAUGAGCAAUAGCUAUUCAUAUUUGUCCUUAUGUUCAUGGCUUAAAGUGAAAGAACAUCAUAGUCCCUCAUGUAUUAGGAGAAUAUUCUUCUGUCUCUGACCCCAGGAAUGUUGAAUAAUGUUUUUUUUCAGUAAACUUAAAGUUAGGGCUUUCCCACUGUUUUUGUUUUUACCCAAAAUACAUUAUUUAAAAAAAAAUAUAUAUUAAACAUUUUAAUCUCAAGGCACUAGGUAGCUUGAGCAGUCUUUUUGCGUUAAAUUACAGUUCUUUAAAGAAACAAAGCAAAACGUCCUUCCUGAAAGGAUUUUUAAACAGUGGUGCCCCUGUAGUUACAAGAAAUGUGUUACAGUUUUAAUUAGGGAAGCUAUGACAUGUAACAUUGUUCCUGCAUUUAAUAGAAUGUGAUGAGCUUUUUCUAUAAAAUCUUGUGAUUUUUAGUACAGUAAUAUUUUAUAAAUAUAAUGUCUAAUUUGAAAUGUAAAUUGUGUAGCUCUAAUGGGUGCUUGGUAAAUGCACAAGAGAUUUAGCUUUGAUUCUCAGGUACCUCUGACGUAAUGGAGACAUGCUGGGUUUUUCUUCCUCGUGACACAACUGGAAUGUGAAGGAGCGCUCUCAUAAAUGCUUUACUUCUGUGUGCUAACGUAAAUUGUCAUUGCUCAUACUGUUUUAAUUGGGGAAUGUCUUUAUUCUGAUUUAUCUCUUGUAGGAAGCACAUACACUUUAAAAAAAUAAUGAAUUUUGAUCUCAAGCAUUUCUUUGAAUGUCAUUAGAUGCUUAAGGAACAGUGAUUUCCCAUGCCUACAAAAUGGAAAAUGAAUACUACAUGUGUUGCUCUGUCAAACAGUUGAACUAAUUACUGUAAUCCUAUGAGACAACCAACAAUUUAUUCUGUGUCUGAUUCAGGUUUUUGAGCUGUUUGGGUUUUAUAUGUGGAGGAAAUUAUGAUAAUCUGCCAAAUGCCAUGUAGCAUGCCUUCAUUUUUAGGGUUUUGGUGAAUCUUGCAUAGUUUAAUGUAAUGUAUGCUGCACUCCAGAACAAAGGGGGAAAAAAGAUUUCAGUUUUUUCUGUCUACUCUGUUAGGUUUCAGUCAUGCCGAAAACAUGUUCACUGCCAUGGUCUGCUGCAGAUGUAAAACUUAAUUCAUAAAAGGACUGAAAUACAUGCAACAUCAGUACUCAGCUAUUACUUAGAAGGUGUGGGGCACGUGAAUACCGCUGAGGCCCAAUGUUUCUCUUGCCCCGUGUGCACUGCAUCUUGCUUGUUGGCUUUUUGCCUGUGGAAAUCUGUGUAAGGGGAUGGGGGCUGAUCUGGCUUGUCAUGGAGUUGGGCUGGAGUGGACUGCAGGCUGAAACUCGGAAGCAGGGAGGCUGAGGCACUGCCUGAUUAUCUCACUGUGGUGUUGCAAAUGCAUUUUGUGGAAAUAAGGUGUUAAGCAGCGGUAUUCUUCAAAGGACAAACCAUGGUGCUGAGUGAUACUUGACUCAGUAUGCUGGUAUAUGCAUUGCAUACCUCUUUGUAAUGUACUAGCAAAAAUAGGAGAGCCUGCAAAUUACUUUUCUUGGUGUGUGUUGUUGUAAUUGUCAUUCUCUUUCAUGAUCCCCAUUGUGUCUAGGUACUGCUAUUCACAGCUAUGAUUGCUUUAAAUAAGGUGGUAAAACGAUUUCUUUGUAAUUCUUGGUUCCAUCUCUUUGUGUUGAAUGUUAUCAUUCCUGUUCCCUACUAAAAGAUCCUCCCGUUUUAGGGAAAUAAAGUUACAGAGCUAAAUUAAGCUAUAGGAGAGGGGGAAAAAACAGUUAAAUUUUAGACAUAGGGUGACUUCAUGGACAGACUUCCAAAUUUUAUGUGAAAAAGGCAGAGUGUUUGCAUGUUUGUAAAUGAAGUUAAAAAGUGUCAUACUCAAAAAUCAAGAAACAGAAAGUUUAUGUUAAUAUCCCAAUGUUGAGUUAUAUGGCAAACUAUAGGAUGGUACUUCUAAUCGGUUUUCUUUAUUUGGGUGAAGUUUUGAGUUAGUUACUGUUUCUGUUAUGACUGUUUUAUGUAGUGUCUGCAACUUAAUAGUUACAACUGCAAUAGCAUUUAAGUGUUGGUUCAUAAACAGUUGUUAUGCAUGAUUAUAUUUUUUUCCUAUCUAAUCCAGGAUCGCAUUAAUGCUGUAUUUUGUUUUACUUUGGAUAUUGCAGGGCAUGAUUUCUCAGGGAAAUAUGGAUGAUACCAUGUGUUGUGAGAGCUGAUAACUAAUUCUUGCUUUUAAAAUUGUUACAAAUAUUUUCAGGUUUCACUCAAACAUUUCAUAGCACGUAACUUUCAUGUUGAACUUCCUCAGGCUUAUCAGGUAAAUCAUGAUGAGAAUGUUAAGAGCGUUUAAAGGUGUCAAUAAAAUACACUCUGCCCAACACUUAGUUACCUUUUGGACAAACAUCCAUUCUAAACUGAUGCAAUUUGUGUGUGGUUUUUCUACUUUAUUGUACUAUGCGCCAUAUAAAUUAAUAGUUGCACUGCUGAUUCUGAAGCUGCACUUACAGCAUGACAGUGACAUUAAAUUUCAGGGUUAGGCAAUGCUAUAGUAAUACAUAAUCUGAUUCUGGGGUAGAGUACCAGUAUAAAUCUUCUAGCAUAUAUAUAUAUUCAUUUAUAUCAUUAAAUUUUUACAAAGUCUGUUCACUGGGGAUUUUUGUUUCUUUCCAGUAAAGUUACUGUGGCUAGACUGGGAUUUGAUGCAAAGCCCAUGAGAGUCGUAGACAGCAUUAAUAAAGUAAAACUUUAUUGAAAAGAAACUCUGCAGCCAGGUUGACCUUUAUGCCUUUGCAGUAUUUCUGUCUGCAGCAUACAUUUGGAGUGGUUUGCUUUAAGACUCAGUAAUAUAAAUUUGGGGGAUUUUAGUGCUGGUAAAAGUGGUAAACGUACUACUGGAACUAGUCACAAAAAGUAUUUUCCUGUAGCCAGCAUGUAGCUUAGUUAUUUUAAAGGCAAAUUUGUCUUGCUAUAUGACUUCUUUAAAAUCAGCCGCAUAAGAAAUGUUAACAACUUCACUUACGUGUAUAAUUCUAGGAGAAUUUUUUGUUGGUAAUGAGAAUAUGUGAUCAUAGUCAUCAUAGCCUUGAGGAUCAAUUUCCUCUUGAUGAUUUCCGAUUUGACAUUUCCAUUUACGUUCACUUUGCAAAGAAUGCAACGGGGCACUUCCUCUAGGUAAAACUACUCUAAUUGUAUUUUGACUGCCCUAGUUCUCUAUAUUGUUAGAAAGCUAACCUUAACCAUAAAUCUAACAUAUAAAUAUGACUCUGCUUAGUUAUCUGUGUUCUUACUCUCCUCUGAGGUAAAGUAUUGCAUCGUUACAUCUGGCAUUAGCAGGUAACCAGACUUUUUUCUAGAAUGUGUACUGUGAUGUGGAACGCAUCCAGAAUUUCAUCUAGUUUUCACUUCCAACUUUUUAAAAGCACAAAAGGCUUUUCUCUGAGGAUUUCUGUAGAAAUCAGCUGUUUAGUUCUACAAGUGCAGAGUUCUUCAGCUGCAUCGUAGUUUAUAAAGUUGCAUCCAAUAUUAUUUUUAUUUUUUAAUGAACUUUUGACAGUUUUGUCAGGGAAGGUGCACAAAUUUUGUAUGUGUUCUGCAGAAGAAAUAUGACUGGAUACGGGAAUGGCCUCAGAAGUAAUUAUUAAGGGAUGUUUCUGUAGUUCUUCACAUAUGUUCCUGAAGGGUGUUUUGUGAUUUUUAUUUUUUUUUUUUUUUUUUUUUUUUUUUUAAGAAACCUAACCAAACAAAACCAGCCAACCACACUUACCAAACUGAGGGGAAUUAGCCAUUUAGCAUAGAACUAAUUUUAUCAUAUGCAAACUACUGUUUUUCUUAGAAAUAUCCUUCAAUAUAUUAGUGAUGUUGCCAUCCCACAUCUUUUUUUCCUUGUCUGUGUUAUAGGUGAUGCUUCUCUUCUACCUAUAUCUGACCUUUUGCAUGCCAAUUGAAAUAGUUCCUCUAUCAGGAUGAGUAAUUUCCUAAAUGUUUUUAGAAUCUUCUUUUUCCUCUAGGGAGGGGAACAGCAGGGGCUUUCCAGCCAAAAGUAUCCCUUUCCUGUUGGAGAAGAAAAAAACCCUAAAACUUUAAGAAAAUAAAAAUCGUAAUUGAAAAUAAUGAGGGCAGCAUAUGGGAUCAGCUGUAAAAUCAUCAGGGUAAUUUCUUACAUAGCCCAAUUACAUAUAGGAAGUGCUUAUGCAAUAGUGUAUUAGAUUGAUCUCUCUCUGGUUGAUCUUGAUUUAAUACAGAAUGUAGGUAUUUUAAAUAAUCAUUUCAUAUUGAAGUUGCAUGCUUAAAUUAAGCCCUGUGGUUGUGUAAAAAAAAA